UCAAAGCUGUUAAGCGUGCUACUGUGGUUCGUUUUUAGGCGCUUGAAAUAGGACACCGCUUCAUCUUGGGUCUUCGGUUUGCGCGGAGUGAUACAGUGUUGGGGAUGACAAUGUGGAGGAGUAAAAUGUCUACUCGUAAGAUGAAACGGUCGGCAGUCCAGCGAUCGUAAAUACUAAAAAAUAACUCGCAGAAGCUUCCUGAGAUAGUUCGUAGUUCGUGUUUUAGAACCAGUUCGGAUACAUUACAGUCGUAUCGUGAGUUAUUCGCUUGUUUUUGGGGUGUGAAACGCGGGGACGGGGGAUUUUCUCCCCCAACUUUUAUGUUUUCUCUCCUGAACGCGCUCCUAUUGGAUGCUGCACGCGCGAGCCGACAAAAGGGUUGCAAAGUCACUGGGUUUGUGUGCACACUGACAAAAUAUGAGUGAUAUCAGAAUGGGCGCUGCAGCAACAGACCGGGAGCUCAGUGAUCUGCUGGACUUCAGUGUUAUGUAUCCUCUUCAAGUCCAGAAUGGAAAAAACAGAGCCAAUGGUCAAGCCAAUGGUCAAGUCAGUGGUCAGUUUGGAGGAUCAGGUUUGAAUGACGGCGGUGGAUCAAGCUCCUGGGGCUCAGCAGAGCAGAACAGUCCGUCCUUCAUUUCACGGGCAUUUCCUGAUGGGGCUCAUUUCAGUGAGCAUGAAAGCAUGUCUCCUUCAUCGCUCUGCAGCUCAGGAAUUGGAGGUAAAUCGGAGAGAGGACCCUACCCCUUUGGCGCACAGUUCCUGCCAGGAGACAUGUCAGUAUCCAGCCCCGAUGGCCUCUCCCCCUCCGGCGCUAAAGCCCCAUCCCAAUUCUAUGGUUUGUACCCGGCCACUCGUAGGAGGUCUCAGGACGCAGUGCUGGAUACACCACCGAAAAAGAUCAGGAAAGUACCACCUGGUCUCCCGUCCUCGGUCUAUCCAUCAGCUCCCAGUGAUGACUACAACCAGGAGAACGCAGGCUACCCGAGCUCAAAAACCGGCAGUGUUUAUCCAAGCUCUUUCUACAUGCAAGAUGAUCUGCAGGAUUCCUGGAUUCAGUCGAGUUACCCCUCCAUGCCUCAUCUUGGCCAGUCCGUUCCGUUUGCUGUGCAGAAGAGGCAGCCCCUGCCCCUGUCACCUCCAUCUUACCCUCACCACGCCAGUGAGGUCAACGGUAGCUUCCAGUCCGCGUUCACGCCACCCAUUAACGGAGCAGAGAGCAUCAUAGGCAACCGAGCCAACGCAGCAGGAAGUUCCGGAGAUGAAAUUGCAAAAGCUCUCGCUUCCCUUUACCCUUCAGACAGCAACGGGAGCAACUUCUCCUCCACUCCUCCCACUCCAGUGGGCUCCCCACAGAACAUGGCAGCCUCUGCUCCCCAGUGGGCCAGAUCCACCCAGUCUGCACCAUCACCCAGCUUUGAGGGAGGACUGCAAUCACUGCAGAAUAAGAUGGAGGACUGUCUGGGUGAAGCUCUGCGUGUGUUACGGAACCACGCCGUGGGCUCGGGCCUGAACACGGACAUACACAGCUUGCUGAACGCUGCCGGAGGAGCUGCAGGCCUGGGUGCCCUCAGCCAGAGUUUUUCUCUGCACGGUCGACCAUCCAGCAUGGUGCCCAACCACCACGAGGAAUCUGCAAGCGGGACAAGCCCGAAUGCCCUUCUGCAAGGGCACCACACCUCAUCACAGGCACCUGCCAGCUCACAGCCUGAGGCUUUUACCAGUCUACCUGGCAGUCUGACCCGCUCUUCCAGUGUUGAUAUAAAGCGUGAGGAGAAGGAAGACGAUGAGAACAGUUUGGUCAAUGACAAGUCGGAGGACGAUAAGAAGGACGGCAAAAUGAGCCGCACAAGGACGAGCCUCGAUGAUGAUGAUGAUGAUGAGGAUGAUGAGGACUUGCCGCCGGAGAUGAAGGCAGAGCGGGAGAAAGAGCGGCGCGUGGCCAAUAACGCGCGAGAGCGUCUGCGCGUACGCGACAUCAACGAGGCCUUCAAGGAGCUUGGCCGCAUGUGCCAGCUUCAUAUGAACAAUGAGAAACCUCAGACCAAACUGCUGAUCCUGCACCAGGCCGUUAACGUUAUUCUCAGCCUGGAACAGCAAGUGCGAGAGCGUAACCUGAACCCAAAGGCUGCAUGUCUGAAAAGGAGAGAGGAGGAGAAGGCGACGGGCAUCGGAGGAGAUCCACAGAUGCAGCUGGGCGGAGGCCACCCCGGGCUGGGAAGUGAUGGGCACAGUCAUAUGUAAUAUUUAUAUUCUGAGUGCUUUUCAGUUUAGAUGUGGCCUUAUUCUGUCUACCGACUCAGUGUGCACACACACACACACGCAUCCUGACUUUGUGAGCAAUCGUUUGAAUAGAUAGAACUUGUGCAGAUGUGCACACGCCUAUUUGGGUGAAUGCUGCCACACUUUGCAUUGAUAUACUCAUGGACCAUUGAAGCCUUCUACGGAACACUGAUGAGAGAGAGAGAGAGAGAGAGAGACUUACUAUGAGCACAACGAACAAGGAUUAUUAUGCUUUUUUAUAUCAAUUCUCGGGAGCAAUGACAGUUUGGAGCUACGUUUUCUUCAGGACUGAUGAACAUUCCCAAACACUCUGUCUGUGUUCAUAAGCAGUGAAGGAGUCCUCACGAUGUACGGCCUUUAUUAAAUGUGUACUCCUAGUACAGACAGGCUCAUGUUGAUUACAAACUACACUGUUAAUUUGUUAAUCAGAUAUUGUGCUAGUACAAUAGCACAUGAAUAAAUAUCCUCCGGGCAGAAAGGGCUCAUAUAAGGGAACUGAAACGACCCUUUGGAUUAUCACUGUUUCAUACUAUCAAUGCAGAAGCGAGAAGAACAACUGCUGAACACGGCAGAUUCAGUUUGUUUUAAUUGCAUUAAUAUCGAGAGUCCGAUCUCGAUUUCCUGUCUGACUGGAAUUGUUGUAAAUCUGCCACCCAGCCAGGGCAUCAACUUUUUUAUUUACUUGAUUUGUUUGUUGUAAGGAGCAAUGCAUCACCUCCUUGAUAUCCUUGGUAUCCACAUGAAUAGGAUUAUUUUAGUCUCAUCAAGGUUUCAGCAUUUCAAUAUUCUGCCACAUCUUUGAUCCUGGAUUCUUCUUCCUGCUGGGCUUGAUGAAAUGUAAGAGAGUCCUGUGUGUACCCUGGAGAUUUGUGUGAUGACAACCAGUUAUGUGAACUGUCCAGUUAACUACCAGCAAUUAGAAAGUCCAGGUCCAGAUUAAGAAUCAGGGUCCAGAUAGGACUACUGCAAAUUUGAAGAGCAGAUAUCUAUUUUUUAAAUGAUCAUUACAUUGAACACCUGUCUAAAGUGAAAAAAGGAUAGAAAAUGAAGGCUUGUGUGAGGUCAGUGGUUUAAAGCUUAAAUCAUGACUGGGAUGUUUGUGCAUUGAUGGCAUCGUGUCAAACUAAAACUGCGUCUGCUGCCAAAUCGGGACAAUUCUUUUCUUUAAAAAAAGACUGAAAAUAAACUAAGUUGAUCAAUUAAUUUGUGUCUGUAAGAAAAGAUCAUAUUGGACUGAUGACUUUACAUUUUGUUUCUGUUUUUUAUAUAAAAUGUUCUAAAUGUUCUUUGUUUUUAAUGUUUUACUAUUUUAAGUAUGAUAAACCUAGCGUUCAGUAAUGCCAGGAACAAAUGUAAUUCAUAUUUCUUUAAUUUUUUUCAAUUUUGUAUUUUAAUUGCUGGGCAUUGAAUGAUAACCAGCAUUCUUUCUUUAUAAAAAGAUGGUUAUGAAUGCCUGUUCUUUCAUUUUUAUGAAAAACUUAUUCCCUGUCCUUGUUGCGUCUUUGUCUAAAGGGAUGAAAUGUUUUAUUGCCCUCUCAGAAUCAAAAAAGUCAUUGUAGUAUUGUGGUUUCACCACUGUUAUAAACUCUUUUCAUAAAAGCUGUGUUUUGGGUUAACUGAAAGGAAACACAGUAUUGAUUUGUCAUUUGAACAGUGUUUUUCUUUCAAUCAGUACAUACUCUGUAUUGGUUUGUGUAUUUUGAAGCUGGAUUGUGAUGGAGGAGCAAGUGUGUAAAGGAGCGAUUAGGGUGGCCUUCUUCGUUCUUCUCGAUGACAUCCAUGUCAUUCUAGGAGAGUGAAACCGUACUAGUGCCUGCAUAUUGUUUUCAUUUCAAUCCUGAAGUCAGGUUUUAAUUGAAAUGUCACAUGUUUUAGUGGCUCUAAUUAAAUAUUUUAUAAAUUCACAUGAAGAGGGGGGCAUGGGGGAUUUUUAGUGGAUCUUACAUAAACUUUUGCUCUUUUGAGCAAAUAAAGUACUUUCUUUGUAAA